CUAUUUUUUUGCGAGGUUUUUUUUUGUUGUAAACAAUUUAAUUUAAUUUUGUUAUUAUCGUUUGUUGUAUUCAUCCAUUGAUUUUAAUUUCAUAAUCAUCAAUAUCAGUGGCAAUAAUAAUUCCUGAUUUAUUCCGUUUACAUCAGUCAACAGUUUAUUUAAUUAGAAUAAAUAAUAAUUCAUCAUCAUGGCUGAUCCAUUAUCAUUAUUACGACAAUAUCAUAUGCGUAAAAAAGAUAUUGUUGAAAGAGAUCAGAUGAUUUGUUUUGGUGAAUAUUGUUGGCCAAAACAAACAAAAACAAAUUAUCUAAUCUAUAGUUCAUCACGUGAUGGACCGAAUAAAAAUUAUUAUACACUUGAAUGUUUGGUCUAUUUUCUUCGUAAUGUUCAUCUACAACAUCCUACCUAUGUUAAGCAGGCAGCAUCGUUUGAGAUUCCUGUCGUACAAAGACCAGAUCGUAAAGAUUUACUUGCGUAUCUUAGUGGCGAAACAUCUACAUCGGCUUCCAUUGAUAAAUCUGCACCAAUUGAAUUGCCCAUCAGCAUUUCUCAACUGAACAAAGAAAGUGGCCAUCAACAGAAUUUAUCUGGUCAUGUCGGAAUGACUGGCCAAUUGAUGGAUGGUCAAGAUGGACCACCAGCUAGUAAAUUGGCUCGAUUAGAUGAAAUGGAAAAAGUUCGCAAGCAAUUUGCCGCACGUUUAGAUGCACCGAAAAUUAAGAAAACAUUGCCAACGGAUUUAUUAGUUGGACAACAUGGUUCAAGUUCGGCUAGUGGUAUCGGUGCUUCUGGUGAUUCGAAUACAACAUCUCUUCGCGAUUCGAUGAGUCAUGAACAGAUUGCCGCAUUGAAAGCAAAACGUUUGGCAAAAAAACGUUCGACGAUUAUUGAUGCUGAUACCGAUCUGGAAGGUGCACAAGCAUUAGGACUGAAUAAUACGGCAGCCGAUCAUUCUGUGCUAUUACAGUAUGAUUCAAAUUUUACCAAAGAAAUUCAGAACAAAGAACGUGUAUGGCGUAAUCGUACCAAUAUAUUACAAUCAUCAGGAAAAAAUUUUCAGAAACCAAUAUUUUUCAUACUACAAUCAAUCAAAGUGCGUGAAGAUAAUGCAUUACGGAAUCGUGGCAAUGGUAUUGUUUCGAAUAAUUCUAUACAUUCAUCAAGUCAAAUGAAUCGAUCGAAUUUAUUAUCAUCAUCAUCAACAUCAUCGGUUAUAAUGUCGACAACAUCAUCACAGAUGAAUAAUGGUCAGGCAAUAAACGUCGGUAAUAAUAUUCAACAAAUACAACCAUCAGCACAACCUGCCAAUAUUCAGCAACAACAAAUAGCACAACAACAAUAUAAUCGUUAUGAUCAGGAACGUUUUGCUAAAAAUGAUUCGGCAUUAGGUUUCAGUAUCGAUACGACCAGUACAUAUCAUGGUCUUACAUUAAAAAGUGUAACAGAAGGUUCAACUGCACCGAAAACCGUUUCAGGUUCAGCAGUGACAGGUCUAUUAAUGCAGAAAAAUAAUCAACUUGUUUCUAAUAAUGGUCAUCAUGGCAAUCAAAAACCACAGAAACGACCAUCACGAACUCCGAUUAUCAUAAUACCAGCAACCAAUACAUCUUUGAUUACAAUGUAUAAUGCAAAAGCUAUUUUACAAGAUCUAAAAUAUAUGGAUUCCAAACAAUGUGAUCAACGACGUGAAAAUGAAAUUCUGAUACAAAGAAGAAAACCGGAUAAUACCACUGUUCCGUAUCGAAUCAUUGAUAAUCCAUUGAAAUUAACACAGGAAGAGUGGAAUCGUGUUGUAGCAGUUUUCGUUCAAGGACCAGCAUGGCAAUUCAAAGGUUGGCCAUGGAAUGGUAAUCCCGUGGAAAUUUUUGCGCGAAUAAAAGCAUUUCAUCUAAAAUUUGAUGAAAUGAAAUUGGAUAAUAAUGUUGCAAAAUGGUCGGUAGAAAUUAUUGAUUUAUCUCGUAGUAAACGACAUUUGGAUCGAGCAAAUUUAUUAAAAUUUUGGUCAUUAUUAGAUCAACAUAUUGCCAAACAUAAACAUAAUGUAGUUCGUUAUUGAUCAAAUUUACUGAUGUUUUUCUUUCAAACUAAAUCAUCAUUAUCACCGUUUUUCAUUUUAAAUUCAAACAUUUACAUUAUUCAUUCAAUAUCUACGCUUGAAAAUCAUGGACAUCUCUAUAUAAUUUUUA